AUGUCUCUCCUUGGCCUGGCUUUCACCAUCACCAAAUCAAUUACACCUCGACACCAUACCAGAUGCUUGUCUACCAACACGCCCAACAAAGUCAUUGAAAAUGUCCGGGGUAUCAUGCGCAAAGUUCCUCAACCAGUUGUCGUAGUGACCACGUCAAAACCAGAGGAUCGCAAUCAUCGACGAGGCAUCACAGUCGCUUCAUUCACAUCCGUGUGUUUGAAGCCAGAGCCUUUGGUCUCAUUUUGCGUGCAGACACCAUCGAGAGCAUCCGAUUUACUGCACUCGUCCGGGAGCAUGGUGUUGAAUAUGCUAGCCCAUGAGCAGGUCCAGCAAUCCAUUGCAUUUUCAUCGCCCAAUGCAGAUCAGUUCAAGGAUAUUCCAUUUUUCGACGAUCCCAUUACUGGACUACCUGUGCUGAUGGGGACCUUGGGAGCCAUGCAUUGCGAAGUGUACAAGGUGGUGCAGUUAGGAGAUCAUGAAAUGUGGAUCACCAAAGUGCUCAAGGUAGAAGAAGGCGUGGGUGGAGAACACGGCGUGCGGGAGGAAGCCAAACCAUUGCUGUACUAUGACAGAUGCUACAGAAGCGUAGGAGACCAGGUGUUUAUGAAGGCGUUUGCAGACAACAAUGAUUUAGCAAGCACAAAGUGGAUGCAUCGAGCUCAUUUACGCAUGGCGUGGAACUACAUACGAGAGCUGGGACCAGACGCUGCUGAACCAGUGAUCAAAGAAACCAUACGCACCCAUUUCUCAAAGAACCCUGUCAAGAGUCGAGAUUACCAUGAAACCAUCACCUCGUUUUAUAUUGCACUGGUGUCGGCUGCUGUUAGAUCUUUCAAGGGUGAUGAUGCCAGUGAUUUUUUUGCACUAGUAGAGCAUUUCCCUCAAUUACUCGAUUCCAAAACCAUUGAAACUUACUAUUCACCCGAUCAAUUAUACACAGAUCAUGCCAAACAUACAUUUGUCAAGCCUGAUCUCAAACCACUACCUACUUAUCUAUAG